AUGGAAUAUAGAGGCAAACACCACAGCACAGCCAAUCAGGACGCUGGUAUAUGGAUGCUAGCCACACAUCUGCGUUCUCCUGUUCACACUCUCCUUCUGCUUCACGGCGUCUUCAGUGUGAGGGCAGUCAGCUCCGCUCAGGGCCGGGCCUUUGAUGGAGCCACAAAGGGGCCGAGUGAUGGAUGCGAGAUGAGGUAUUCACUGACCUGUCAUUUCCACAUGGCCUCCUCCUCUUCUACCUGCAGACACCUGACCUCCAGCCUGAAGGGGGCGCCUCUCCAGGGACCCGGGGUGACUCCUCAGAGCUGCAGACUUGUCACAGAGCCAAAGAGACGUCUCACAUGUUUCCAGGAAGAUUCACUCACACAUGAACUCAGUCAGAUUCUGAAGGUGGGGAGAUAA